AUGUUUCUAUUUGAUGUUCUGUGAGCGUGGUUGCUGGGCGCUAAGUGGAGCUCAGGCAUGCCCCGAAGCAGCAACAUGGAUGCAGUGACCUAUGAAGAUGUGCAUGUGAGCUUCACUCGGGAAGAGUGGGCUUUGCUGACUCCUUCCCAGAAGAGUCUCUACAAAAAUGUGAUGCUGGAGACCUACAGGAACCUCAGCGCUAUAGGAAUGAAAGAAGUCAGACUGGAAAGAAACCCUAUGAAUGCAUCCAGUGUGGGAAAGGCUUUGCCUAUUAUAGUUGUCUUCAAAAACAUGAAAAACUUCAUACUGGAGAGAAACCCUAUGAAGUUAUUCAAUAUGGUGAAGCCUUUGCACAUCACAGUCAUCUCCAAAUACAUAAGAGAGCACAUACUGAAAAGAAACUCUAUGAAUGUAAGCAGUGUGGGAAAGACUUCGGAUGUCCCAGUCAUCUUCUAA